AUGUCGAUGCCUGCAAAUCCGAACCCGGAUCGUGCCGGGCGGCAGGCGAGGCCCGAUAUGGUACGUGGUGAAACCGCCCGUGAAUUAUUUAACAACUUGAAAUGGUGGUGGUUGACGGGGAAGCUCCAGAGUCGCUCUUCAUCGAUAAUAAUCCCCGCAACUGGCCUGCGGAUACAUAGGUCUUCAACGAAUCUUCCAAGGAAUUAUACGCUUAGGAGGUUAGUCUGCUUCCCUCAUCCCGUCUCAGACCUAAGUGAAGCUAACCCCCGCACAGCGAACCAACGCCUCCGCUCCCCCGUCCCGCACCUGACUCUGAUGACGAUGGCAAUGAAGUGUCGGACAGAACUCCAUUGCUUGGGGGCGGAGUAAGCUUCGCAAGGAGGGGAAGGGUAAGGUCGGGGUUGAGGCGUGGAAGGAGGUUGGUGAAAAGUUGGUCUGCCGGGCUAGAUCAUGAGAUCUGGAAGAAGGUUAUCAAGUGCUCGUUGGCAUAUUGGGUUGGGAGUUUGGCUACGUGUGUUUCUCUCCCAUGGGCUUGAUGGAAGGGGUGACUUAUGCGGAGGAUAGGUUUGUCCCGGUGAUCUCGGCGUUUUUGGGGAGAUAUGAUGGAAAGCAUAUGGUAUGGCUCCUCGCUCUGCCGGCGGUUGUACUGCAGAUGGGAUGGGAUGAGAUGGAUAGCGCUGAUCUGUCUCACGACGUGGGUUUAGGUUGCUACAUGUGCCGGUAGGAUCCGGUGUAUCCGUGCUUGAUUGAGUGGGUAUGUGGUUGGCUCACGACUUGGUAUUCGCGGCUAGUCUAUUUCCAUCCGGGUAAUUACUUCAUGAUCUAAAAGCUUAUUGAUGAUUAUUGCCUAAUUUUUGGGAUUGGAUGGGGAUUAGCUCGGUCUGCUGGGAGUAUGCGUUUCCCACAUCCGCUACAGUAUGCUUGCGCAUUUCUGAUCCUUCUCCUUCCUUAGGUAUGCAUGAAGCGACGAUAUUUGCGCUGGCUGCAUUUCUAUAUAGCACAAUUAUUUCCAUCGGGAGGUAUGUCGGAGGAACGUUUUUCCAGACACAUGAGCACAAGUUGAUGCUAACUGUGUUAAACAAUGAACAGCAUGGGAGUUUCACUGCUAUUUUAUCAAUUGGAAUUGAUUGAAUUAGGACAUGCCAUCGUUCUCACCGUGUUCUGCGCUGGUGGAUUAGGGUUGAUUGGAUACACCAAGAUCGCCAUGUCCAGUCCGACGGUCAGCGUAGCUUGUUCGCUAGCCUCUAUAUCCAUUAUCACUAUUUUAACUAAGGAAGGUAAUCUAGUAGAGUAUCCGCUGGCUCGCAUGGCCCGCUUGCUCACAAUUUGUAGGGAGCGUCCAACGUGGCGACUUCACCAUGGGAAAGAUAUACCAGGUGUCCACCAUUGUAAUAAUGUCGAUCGUUAUAUCAAACUUUCUAGCUUUUACUUUGUGGCCCACAUCUGCGGUCGGAAAACUUAGGCAGUUGAUGAUUAGGUCUACUGAUUCUUUCUCGGCCAUGGCAUGUUACUCGCCGUUAUUCCAUCGAGUGAUGAACUGUGCUAACCUAGCAAUAGUUGACUAUCAUCACCCGCAGCUUUCUCAACGGAAGUGAGGACGAGCUACUUGGGGAAAACUUCAAAAGCGCCACGACUAAUCACAGGACCGUGUUUACGUCUUUGAUAAAAAAUCUUAAAGAAGCGAAGUAUGAGCACUGCCUCCGCGGCACGGAGCAAGAAUACGAAGUCGAAAAGCAACUCAUCGAGUGCAUGCAGCGACUAGCUCAACAUAUUGGUGGUCUUAGGAGUGCCGCUUCAACCCAGUUUACCCUUUUAGCCACUGCCCAGGAGCACCGGGCGAAUGCAAAGUCGGGUGGUGCUAGUGGAGGGAUUCCUAUGAAUCCUCGAGAGGACGCGACUGACGGCCCACAGCUUUUCACUCCUCCAGAUCAUGACCAGAUCGCAGCUCCCUCCCGGUUUGCCUCAAUUUCCGAAGCCACUUCCAUCGCCGGGAGCGACAUUUCUACAGUGGAAGAGGACACCACCGCGCCGAUUAGGAUAUUCGACCAAUUUAUUUUCCACCUUGGUCCUCCCAUGAAGUCCCUUGCGUAUACUUUAAAGCUCACACUUGAUGAUCUGCCAUUUAACACCGGUAAAACGCACAGGAUCCAUGUGAACAGGGAGUUUAGAGGAAGUCUAAGUCGAGCAAUAGCGCUCUACUCGGAGACAAGAAUCGAAGCGCUGAACACGCUUUACAAAAGCGAGGCUGUGACAAAAGAACGCCCGAUGAUGGAGGCCGCUGACGUAGAAGAAAUUGCGGCGAGUUGCGGAUACUUUUCAUAUUGUCUGCUAUAUUUUGCCGAAGAGAUGCUUGUAUUUCUUGGCCUUCUCGAGGAACUAGAAGACUUGCAGGCGAGGAAGCCGCGGUCGUGGGAGUGGGCCAAGUUCUGGAAGCUCAAGAAGAGCAGGAAGACUGCCGAAGAAGAAAAUUGUGAUUCCUAUGGCUAUGCCUUUUUUUCGACCAUUUUCUAAUACCCCCUACUGUAGUAGUGACCCCAACCAAUAACGCUAGCAACGUUGACGGUUUCACCCUCAGGCGGACAAAUACCAUUCCGAACGUCGCUCCGGAAACCGGCAUGCCAUUCACUUAUAAAGUGUGGAAAGCGUUGAGUCUAUUCCGGCAGCAUAACGUGCAGUUUAGUAUCAAAGCCGGCGUGGGCGCUGCCAUCUACGCUCUUCCAGCAUUCGUACCCCAGACACGGCCGAUAUACUCCCGCUGGCACGGGGAAUGGGGUCUGGUUUCUUACAUGAUAGUCAUGUCCAUGACCCUCGGCCAGACGAACAACUCUGGCAAAGCAAGAGUCUUGGGGACAUUCUUGGGAUCGAUUCUAGCGCUCUUCGCCUGGUUCGUCUUCUCCACGAACCCAUACACACUCUCACUCUUCGGCUGGGCCGUCUCAAUCCCGUGUUUCUGGGUCAUCCUAACCUGGAAGCAAGCUACCUUUGGCCGCUUCAUUCUGCUAACUUACAACCUCUCCGUCCUCUACGCCUACUCUCUCGCAACCUCCUCCACCGGUGGGGGGGACGACGAUGACGAUGAAGGCGGCACGAGCCCGAUAAUCACUAACAUAGUCCUCCACCGCUCGGCAGCCGUAACCGCCGGCGUCCUCUGGGGCGUCUUCAUAAACUUCGCGAUCUGGCCCACCAGCGCGAGGAACAAACUCCGCCACGGCCUGGGUGUGCUCUGGCUGCGCAUGGCUCUAAUCUGGCGUCACGACCCACUCCUCAGCCUACUAGAACCCACCACCACGGCCAAUCCCGACCACCACAACGGCCACAGCCAGAAGAAAUACAUGAACAUAACCGAGGAACACGCUCUCCAAAGUGCCCUCCUUCGCCUCGGCCGCCUGACAGACUCUGCCCCGCACGAAUUCCGCCUAAAAGGCCCGUUCCCAGCAAGCGACUACAAAAACCUCAUCGUGGCCAGCCAAGCCAUGCUAGACGCGUUCCAUGGCAUGGCCGUCAUGAUUGCCAAAGACCCGCGCGCAAACCGCCGCGAAGCGGAGAUCCUGGCGCAUACCCGCCGCGAACGAGAGGACCUCUGCGCUCGCAUCAGUCACUUGUUCUACGUGCUGGCCGGCUCGAUGAAGUUGGGUUUCCCGUUACCGGGAAGUUUGCCCAAAACGGAUAGAGCUAGGGACCGCUUGUUGGCGGCGCUGUUCGAGUUCAGGAAGAGGGUUCGCGGGACGGAAGGGGAUUCAGAUGAGGAUUUUGCGUUGAUUUAUGCCUAUGGUUGGUUUUCCCUUCACGCUUUCUUGAGGUUGGGGUUGGAGCUAAUCCGGGGGCGUGGGUAGCGUUGGUUACUGGCAGGAUAUCGGAGGGGCUGUUGGACGUCAUUGCUACGGUUGAGAGGCUUUACGGCGUACUUGAGGAGGAGAUGCUGGUUAUUUGAAGUGGUGGAAGGGCAGCUGGGUGGUGAUGAGAUGGCUGCCUUUGUCCAUUUGUUUUUUUUAUCCCCCGUUUGUUUAUAAUAUACCCAUUGAUACCCCUGAAUUCAUGAUACUUAAAAAAUUAUCGGAAAAAGUUGCCUGUCUAUUUUUUUUUUUAUUCGCUUGGCAGUUUGUUCACAAUAUAUCCAUAGAUAUCCCCGAAUUCACAC